GCAUUCCAUUCCAUCUUUAAAAGUUGGUAAAUUAUACGCAUAUCUCGUUCUUAGCUUUAGGAAUUAAAUCACACCGCAAGAAGGUGGAUUUUUUCAAGUAUAUGAUAAAUACAUUGAAAAACAAAACUAGCGUGAAUGAGCUUUGCUGAUUGGUAGAUCUUUUCCAUUAGGUGAAACAAAAAUGAUGAUUUCUCCCAGUCAUCGUAAGAAAGCAAUUUUAAGGCAAGAAGUGUGUCUGUGGUUACUGCUAACUGCAGCUUUUGUAGCAGAUGUAAUAACGGCAACCAUCAUAAUCAAUGAAGUCAAUAUUGACAACCCAGGCACUGACAUAAAUGAAUUUGUAGAACUUUACAACACCAAUUUAACGAGUUCUGUGAUGCUGACCAACUAUGUGCUUGUUUUUUAUGAUGGGUCUAGUGGUGCAGCAUAUCAGGUCAUUCCACUUGGAGGUCAUCUGAUACUAUCUGGUGGAUAUUUUGUGGUUGGUUCAAGCUCAUUGAAACCAGGUUUGAAUUUGUCCAAGACUGAGCAUAACAUUCAGAAUGGUAUUGAUGGUAUUGCCUUGUAUCUUACAUUGGAUGGUGACACUUCUUACCAACCAGGCAUGAAGGUGACUGACAGAGGGCUUGUGGAUGCUAUCGUUUAUGACACCAGUGAAGCAAAUGUGACCACCCCAUUGACUGCCCUAGCCCCAGGUCAAAGUGUAGUGCAAGAAACCUGGUAUGCAUACCCUGGGGAUGAAUCCUUGAGCAAAUGCGGAGAACAACGUAACCAGCCUCUGUUUUGGCAAGCUUUUAAGCUAACCACCCCGACCCCAGGGAGAGAGAAUGACUGUGUUGGUCCAACCUCACCCCCGUCCACUGUGGCUGCUCCCCCUGAAGUACUCAAGGGAGAUGUUGUGAUCAGCGAAUUUAAUGCCGACAAUCCCAUGACAGACAAUGCAGAGUUCAUCGAACUUUAUCACAAAAAUGGAACCAUGGAAAAUUUGACCGGAUAUGUUAUUGCUUUGUACAGCCACGAUCUUACUGCCUAUUUUGUACUUGAUUUGUCAAAUUAUUCUACUAAUGCCCAAGGGUAUUUUGUCAUGGGGAGAGGUGUGCCCAAUCUGGACUUUGAACUACCAACUGGUGUUGUUAUACAGAACGGUCAAGAUGCCAUUGCCCUGUAUAAAGGAAAUCCAAGUGACUACACCCAACGAAUGCAAGUCAGCAUAGUGGGUCUCAUACAGGCAGUAGUGUAUGAAAAUGAAAAAUCCACUGAUGUGGGGUUGGCCGCUGCCCUUGGAGUGCAGACCAUUCAUUUUGAAGAUGAAAACUUUAUGGCCCAGGAUGAGUCUGUGAGUCUUUGCAAUUUAAGCCAUUUCAAAUUAACCGUUCCGACUCCAGGGAAGAAGAACAACUGCAGUUAUGUCCCUCCAACAGAGUUGCCUACUAGUACCCUAGCACCUACCAGUUCUGUCUCUCCAGUGGCACCCUCUUUGAUCGUGAUUAAUGAGCUCAAUGCAGAUAACCCUAGCACAGAGAACCAAGAAUACUUAGAGCUGUUUGAUGGAGGCAUAGGAGAAACUCCACUUUCAGGUUACCAAGUAGUUCUCUAUGAUAGUAGUGGCUUGUCAUAUAAAGUAUGGAACUUGACUGGAAACAUGACUAACGAGGCUGGCUACUUUGUGAUCGGUGGUACAGGUGUGAGUCCAAGGCCUGAUAUUGUCUUUGGUGGAACACAUGUUAUAAGAAACAGUGGUGGUGCUGUUGCAUUAUAUGGCCCAGGGACGGCCAAGAUUGAUUUAAGAAUGAACAUAACUAGCCUAGGGCUCGUUGAUGUUUUGGUAUACACCAUCAGGAACCCAACUGAUGUAACACCUACACUGCAGCUUCUGAGAGAGGGCCAAAAAGCAUUUGUUGAAAAUGCCACUCACAUGUCUGGUGAGGAGACGGUCAGUCGUUGUUACGGCAUGAUGACCCGCAUGACCACCCCAUACCGGUUGACCACAGCAACGCCUGGGCAAGAAAACAAAUGUCCUCUGCCAACAUCUGUUGUGAUUAAUGAAAUUAAUGCUGAUCAACCUGGGGUAGACACCAGUGAUUUUGUGGAAUUAUUCGAUGGGGGUAAAGGAAACACUCGUUUGGAUGGACUCUCCCUUGUGCUCUUCAAUGGACGUUCUGAUACAGCUUACAAGGCCAUUGAUUUGUCAGGGUACACAACCGACACAGAUGGGUAUUUUGUGAUAGGGAACCAAACAACUAAUGCUGCGUUGGUACAGCCAAGUGAUUUUUUACAGAAUGGUCCAGAUGCUGUAGCACUUUACCUGUCCCCAGCAUCUAGAUAUGGUUCUGGUGCAGCUGCCACUGCAAAUAAUCUUGUGGAUGCCAUUGUGUAUGGCACUUCAGCAAAUAAUGUAGAUCCAGAACUUAUCAGGAUUUUAGUUAAAGGAGAUGGUCAGGUGCUAGAUAGAGUUCCCAAGUCACUGAGUCUUACUGAUGUGUCUGUGUCUCGAUGCAGUUGUUGUAGUCAGCGUAAUGUCUCAGUGUGGGGAGUAGCAAAACCCACACCAGGCCGUAGCAAUGAUGCUUGCAUCAGAACCAAUGAAACGGUGGUGGACACACUAGUACAUCUGCAGAAUGGAAUUAGAAUCAAUGAGCUGAAGGCAGGUCAGUCCAAUGAUGAUGGUAAUAUGUUGUUUAUAGAGCUGUAUGAUGGUGGCAUUGGCAACAUCCAAUUGAAGGGAUUGCUGUUAAUCUUGUACACUGCUGACAAUAUAUCCUACAGUGUGUUUGAUUUGGGCACUUAUUCUACUAACAGAGAUGGAUAUUUUGUAAUUGGCUCCAAUGCUGAUUUUACAAAUGUCACUGGCAGUUGGCUGCAAAGAGGUCCUAAUGCAGUGGCCCUAAGUCGUGGAAGUAAAGAACAAUUCACUCAGGUGUCUAGGUCUGGGCUAAUUGAUGCUGUAGUUUACACCAAGAACAGUGAGGAAGUUACACAGGCUGUUUCUCUAAUUGAUGUUCUCACUCCUGGACAGCAGGCUAUCGUUGUUGACUGGGGAACUUCUUCAGAUAAUAAAAGUCUAGUCAGAUGCUACACCAAUGAAGCAAGAAUGUUGACUGCAUUCAGCACCUCCACUGCUGCUUCUCCUGGUAAACCUAACAUAUGUCCAUCUCCAACAGUGGUCAUAAAUGAAGUGGACAUUGACCAAAAUGGAUAUGACAAAAGAGAGUUCAUUGAACUCAGUACAAUGGGAAGGCCCAAUUUCCCCCUCAGUAACAUUGUGCUGGUAUUGUACAGUGCGACCACCAUGAGGGCAUAUAGAGCGUUUAAAUUGGAUCAGGUUUAUAGUGAUGGCAAUGGUCUUUUUCUGAUUGGUUCAUCAAACAUAAUGCCACCCCCUGAUAUUCCUGUUAAUGGUGGAGGAACAGGAUUCUUAAGGAAUGUGCAAGGAGCAGUGGCUUUGUACUAUAAAAGAGAUCUGUAUGAUUUUGUAAAUGGAACACAAGUGAGCAGUGAAGGUUUGAUGGAUGCUAUUGUGUAUGGCAGAGGAGCUUUAAAUGCCAACAUACAACAACUACUAAAUACACUGACUCCUGGGAGAAGCAUGGUAGUGGAGAAUGUUACCUCAGCAGGGGAGAUGUCCAUUAGUAGGUGUGACCACAAGGCAUCCCCUGGGGCAGUCAGUUAUGUCCUGUCACAGCCAACACCCAAAGCCAUCAACAACUGUAGCUUGGCGCCCAGGGUACCUCCAGCUUCAGGACCUGUCCCUGCUGGGGUCCCUAAUGUGAGGUUAAAUGAACUGAAUACAGAUUCUCCAGAUGCCAAUAAGAUGGUUUACAUAGAACUGAUCGGAAACUCCAGCACCUCCCUGGAUGGACUGACUCUAGUAGCAUACAGUGGCCAGAAUGCAAACAAGGCUUCAUAUAUCCUGGACUUGACAGGACAGAAGGUCAACGCAAAAGGUUUCUUCUUGAUAGGAAAUUCAAACGUCCAAGGUGCUGACCUAUCUCAACCAGACAAUAUCUUAAGAAGUGAUGGCCUAAAUGCUUUGGUGUUGUACAAAUUAAAUGCGUCAGGUUUUGUGAAAGACCAAACCCAGGCUUUCAGUAAUGGGAGUGUGGUAGAUUUUAUUGUAUACGGCAAUAUCUCUACCUCUGUGAAUAGUUCAACAAGUCUCUUGGACAUUUUUGCCACUGGGCAGAAGCAAAUAUAUGAGAAUGAUCAAAACCUUGACCGUGACGAGUCCAUCUCUCGCUGCUCUCCCCAUAUCAUUGGUGACAUGAUGGCUUUUAGUGUGACCAUUCCAACACCAGGGGCUCCAAACAACUGCGACAGGCCCACAGUUUUGAUCAAUGAAAUCAAUGCAGACUCCCCUGGCUCAGAUGACAAGGAAUUCAUAGAAUUGUGGGAUGGAGGGUCUGGCAAUACUCCUCUUAACUGGAUUGUAUUGGUAUUAUAUAAUG